AUGGCGGACUUUGACGAGUAUCCCCCCAACAUGGCGCCGCAGGAUGCGCUCCUAGUUCGGCAACGAUCGGAGCCGGAUCACGAAGUCGUGAUCUAUUCGGCCCAGGAUCUAUCUAGACCCAAUCAAGGUCCUGCAAACCCCUUCAAAGACGAAUCCAGAGGGUCUAAGCGCAAAAACAUACUCACGGGACACGCCGAGGAGACCUUUCUGAGCGAACAUUCCUUUCGGACCAAGCAUCGCGCCAUCGAGAGAAAAGGCGGGCCCGGGCGAGGAUAUCAGAGCAGCGCUGAGCGAAAGGCAGAGGCGCUGCGGAUACGAUCGAAUAGAGAAAGCAAGGGCGACUCCUCAAUCGCCGAGGGACCUGGAGCGUACAUGGGUCCCUGGGCGAGAUACUCAAAAGACGAGUUCGAGGUCCUCGGAGAGGACGAGGAACUGGCAAGUGAUGAAGAAUACGAAGUCGUCGAGGAGCGAGAUGACAUCGUGGAGAGUGGAACGGUGCUGAAAGCACCAGUCGCAGCGAUUGCGCGGCGGAAGGAGAUUGAGGAACUUGGCGAAGAGACAUCGACAUUUCACGGGACUGAGGAACACGACUACCAGGGCAGGACCUACAUGCACGUUCCGCAAGAUCUCGACGUUGACCUGCGCAAGGAGGCCGGAACUUUCACCAACUUUAUCCCAAAGAAGCAUAUACAUACCUGGAAUGAUCACUCUAAGGCCGUCACCGCUCUGCGGUUCUUUCCCGGUUCGGGCCAUCUGCUCCUCUCCGCAAGUGCCGACACGACAGUCAAAAUUUGGGAUGUGUACCAUGGGAAAGAUCUGUUGCGAACAUAUUCAGGUCAUGCCAAGGCGGUUUCGGAUAUUUGCUUCAAUGCCAACGGCAAUCAGUUCCUUACUGCUUCGUACGAUAGGAUGAUGAAGCUAUGGGAUACGGAGACGGGCAAAUGCAUCAGCAGAUUCACCACUGGCAAAACGCCCCACGUCAUCAAGUUCAACCCAGACCCAGAGCACGCUAAUGAGUUCUUGGCCGGCAUGUCCGACAAGAAGAUUGUGCAGUUUGACACUCGAACACCUGGCGAGAUUGUGCAGGAGUAUGACCAUCAUCUGGCAGCAGUCAACACAAUCACGUUCGUGGACCAGAACCGCCGUUUCAUGACGACGUCGGAUGACAAGUCGCUGCGCGCAUGGGACUACAACAUCCCGGUCCCCAUCAAGUACAUCGCCGAGCCCGACAUGUAUCCCAUGACCAACGCGGCAGCUCAUCCGAGUGGCAAGUACGUUGCAUACCAGAGCUCAGACAACCAGAUUCUAGUCUAUGGUGCGAGCGACAAGUUUCGGCAGAACCGAAAGAAGUGCUACCGCGGACACAACAACGCAGGGUUGGGCAUCGAACUUGACUGCAGCCCAGAUGGCCAAUUCCUAGCCUCGGGCGAUUCUGCCGGAUAUGUGUGCUUCUGGGACUGGAAGACAUGCAAGAUGUAUCACAAAAUAAAGGCGGGAAAGCAAGCGGUGACGUGUGUCAAAUGGCAUCCGCAGGAGACCAGCAAGGUUGCCACGGCAGGGCUCGAGGGAGAAAUUCGGUACUGGGACUAG